AUUAAUAACGUCAACUCUAUGCACCAACCUCUACCGGCUUUUCUACACAAAGUACUGUACAAAACAAACGAAUAAAUAAUGCUAUCGAUCUUUAUGGCUCAGCCGAUAACAAGACCAUUGAUAAGAACUUGUUUUAAUUAGAAAAUAAAAAAACAACACCAAAACAAACCACAUGAGCUGCAUAAAAUGAUACCGUCCGUCUACGGGUUAAUGGCAUGUUUUGAUGAUAAAUUUUUUUUUCGAUUUUGUCAGUCUAUGCGAAGCUAUAUAAACAAACGCAGCUCGGAAUAACCAUCAAGUCUCAAGUGCUAAUAAAAAAAAUACAAUAACAAAAUGGAACAACCCAAAUUCUUUUCCGCCGAACAUGUUGCCAAAGUGUUGACAUGGAAUUUAGUGAAUUCCGCCGUAGAAGAGGCCCUAAGAGCAACAGGGCCCACUGAAGCCAAUCCUCAGGAUACGGAUGCCUCUUUCGCCAUACAACCGACACGAUCAGUGACCUCUUGUGGUGAUAAAUCAAAAUUGCUGCUUACCAUGCCAGGUUUUGUGGGCAACUACAAUUUGAACGAGAAACGCACAAACACCCUUGCCUGCAAGGUGGUUACAUCGUUUUCUGCAAAUCAAAAAUUGAGUCCACCUUUACCAAACAUCUUGGCAAAUAUCUUACUCUUUAGCUCCGAAACGGGACAGUUGCAAUGCGUUAUGGAUGGUACACAAAUUACGGGAUGGCGUACCGCCUCAGCAUCAUUGGCUGCAACCAAAUAUUUGUUUUUACAUCUUUUUCCUGAGGGUACGGGUAAAGCGAUUCGCGUUGCCAUCAUUGGCUGUGGUGUUCAGGGUCAGUCGCAUGCAAUGGGGAUGUGUAAAACAUUUAAUGUUAUCGAUAUUUAUCUCUGGAAUCGCACCAAAUCGAAAGCCGAUCAGCUGGGUGAGAAGUUGCGUGCAGAGUUUCCCAACUCUGUGAAUGUUCAUGUUGUUGAAACGCCUGAGGCGGCUUGCCGUGAAGCUGAUGUCGUUUGUGUGGGGACCUAUUCACCCACGGCUUUAAUUAAUUACAGCAUGCUGAAACAUGAUAAUGUGCAUAUUAAUACCGUUGGUGCGGGACAGGUUCACUUUGGUGAAGUUGCACAAGAUAUAUACGAUAAUGGUGUCGUUUAUGUCGAUUCUCUGGUCAGUGCCAAAACUGAACUAAAAGACUUAAAGGCUAAAAUUGUUGGAGAAGUGGGCGAGGUUAUUCGCAACAAAGGUCAACGUAGUGAAAAUAAUCGUAUCACCAUUUUCCAAUCGAUGGGUAUUGCUGCUGAAGACGCUACUGUGGCACAGGCGGUUUACGAGGCUUUGUGCAAAUGAGAACGAACUAUUGGCAAAUAUUAAAUGGAACACAUUGAUUAUAGAAAUACAAGACAGUUUACAUUUUUUAACAUAAAAUAUUUAAAAG